UUUGUCUUCCCGCAUUUGCCUCUCUCCUUUUCAUCAUCUCAACGUCGCGUCUCUCAUCCGAACGUGGUGUAUAAUUAACUUCAAUACUUCUGUUCUACUCCACUGUCUACCACUUAUCUCGCUAAUUACGCCUGUCAGAGCAACUGUCUUGAAAACAGACUUUAACCUGCCCCUUGCUGUUGCGAACCUCUCUUCGGUGACGCAACGACUGACACGCUCGAACUCCCGAGAAUCUUUUCGAGAGUCGCUAGUAUCGCUCAUACUCAUCUAUCUUUCACCUAACACAAUGUCUGGAAAGUUGGACAAGUCUCUUGACGAGAUCCUCGUCAACCGUCGUCAGGGCGCUCGUCGCCGCAAUCGUCGUUCAACCCAGGCUAAGGCUGCCCCGGCCGCUGUUGGAGGAGUGAAGAAGAGCACGAAGGCUGCGAAGCCCGUCGGCAAGGCUGCCCAAGCUGGACACCCUAUGUCAACUGAAAGCAAAAUCAUGGUCAGCGGCUUGCCUUCCGAUGUGAAUGAGGCCAAUAUCAAGGAAUACUUCUCUAAAUCCGCAGGACCCGUCAAGCGAGUCAUGCUCACUUACAACCAAAAUGGCACUAGCCGCGGUAUCGCCUCCAUCGUCUUCAGCAAACCCGAGACGGCUGCCAAAGCCGCCAAGGAUCUGAACGGACUGCUUGUUGAUGGACGUCCCAUGAAGAUUGAGGUUGUCGUUGAUGCCAACCAUGCUCCCGAAGUCCCGGCUGCCAAGCCUCUUGGUGAGCGUGUCGCACAAACCAAGUCCCAACCAAAGCCAGCCACUGCCAGCAAGGCUGCCGACAGCACUCGUGGACGUGGCCGUCGUGGUGGCCGCCGCGGACCCAAGUCGAACCGUCCCAAACCGAAGAGCGUGGAGGAGCUUGACGCUGAGAUGGUCGACUAUUUCUCUAACGAAAACGCCGGUCCUGCUGAGGGCAGUGCUCCUGCUCCUGCGGCAGCUCCUCAGCCCGCCAAUGGUGGCGAGGAUCUUGGAAUGGCCGAGAUCUCUGUAAGUUGCCCCUGGUCUGGGUAUGCUGGAAGACUAGCUAACAUACGUAUCAGUAAAUGUAUCAUGGUACCUUCUAUUCAAUUGCAGAGGCAGGUUACUUCUGCCAAGUCAGGUUGGCUUCUAGUCGGCUAGGGAUGCCAUCUAGGCUUGAUAUUCAGAUUUGUUUUUCGGUUCUAUUAUUAGCCCUUCUCACCUUUUCUCGUCGUAUGUUUUCUUAGUUUGGUUUUCUAAUGUCUCUUCUGCUAUUUGGCUCGUUGACGGGAACUGGAGGAAGACUUGUAUGUAUUUAAUAAACGGAUUGUUGCAAUGAAAACGCGAGGUGAAAACGUGAAAAUAUAGCCAGCACGUCGGAAUCUGUCGUGCUCCCAACUGUUCGUCUUGGCCCAUGACGGCUGAUCAAAAAUAUACCCGCCAAAAGCCAAUGCAUAUCUUCUAA